GACGACGGGGAAAGGUAAGAAGGUGGGUGGCUGACUCGUCGCUAAGAGCGAGCAAUCCGCGCCCAGCUUCGUCGCGGCCCUGCCUUCCCGAGCCUGGCUUCCCGGGGCUGGCAGAGCAGGACGGAGGAGCCGCCCAGCGCGGCUGCUGCCCUAGAGGGGGAAAGGCGAAGGCGGGAAGGAGAGCAGCAUGGCGUGCUACAGCGGGGAAUACGUGGUUUCUGAAGAUGGGUUGCCUGAACCAAGAAAGUGGAGACCGUUGAUAUAUAGGAAAUGCACAGACCCCCUUUGGUUGAUGAUAUUCUUUUUCUUUUGGUCAGGUUUGAUGUUUAUAACUGGCUACGCUAUAACAGCUGGAGCUGCAGAAAGACUUGUGUUUGGAUAUGACAGCUAUGGAAACAUAUGUGGUCGGAAGAACACUCCUGUGGUCGGUGCACCAUUGUCGGGACAAGAUAUGACAGAUAAAAAAUUUGUUUUCUUUUUGAAUUCAUGUGAUUUGGAAAUAAAAAAUCUCAAAAUUAAUUCAACUGCAUUGUGUGUAUCAAGUUGUCCGCAAGAGCAGCUUUCUUCCUUGGAAGAAAUUCAGUUUUUUGCAAAGAAUAAUGGUUCUUGCCUUUGUGUUUACAAUUUGAAUGUUACCAGUUGUACAUAUAGUCUCAAAACUGCUGAGCUUUGUCCUGCCUUACCAGUUCCGCCAAGUGUGUCUUUCCCGUUGUUUAAUCGAUGUGUUCCACGAAAUGCUAAGUGCUAUUCCCAGUUUGCUUCUGUACUGAUAAAUGUGGUUAAUGAAGUGGAUAUUUUUCAUCGGAUUCUGGGUGGGAUUAUGGCAGGAAGAGAUACAGUCAUAGGAUUGUGCUUCCUUGCACUAGCAUUCUCUGUAAUAAUCAUGUUAGCCUUCAGAUUCAUCAGCGUGCUUGUGAUCCAUAUUUUUCUUACACUACUUAUAUUUGGAUUAUUAUUUGUUUCAGGAAUCAUGUGGUGGCUAUAUUAUAAUUACACCAAUGAGCCCAGCAUAGAAUUGGAAACAGAAAAGGAAAACAUGAAAUUAUUGUUUGGAUUUGCUGUUUUUUCUGCAAUCAUUACGGUUAUUCUCAUUCUCCUGAUACUGAUAUUAAGGAGGAAAAUUCACCAAACUAUACAGCUCUUUCAUGUUGCCAAUAAAAUUAUUGGCAACGUCCCUUCUUUGUUCUGCCAGCCUCUUUGGACUUUUACAAUACUUCUUUUCUUCUGGGUGUACUGGGUGGCUGCGUUACUUAGCUUAGGAACUGCAGGCAAUGCCCAAGUUGUUUCAAGAGGUCAAGUGGAAUACAAUAUUCGGUUUGGCAUUCGAUACAUGUGGUGGUACCACUUAGUUGGGCUUAUCUGGACAAGUGAAUUCAUUCUAGCAUGUCAGCAGAUGACUGUGGCUGGGGCAGUGGUUUCUUACUUCUUCAACCGAAAUAAAAGUAAACCACCAAGUCAUCCUGUCCUGUCUUCCAUAUCAAUUCUUUUUUGUUAUCAUCUGGGAACAGUUGUGAAAGGGUCCUUUUUAAUCACAAUAGUGAGAGUCCCAAGGAUAAUUCUAUUGUCAAUUUAUAGCAUCCUGGAAAAAAAGAAGAAUACAUGUGCAAGAUGCAUAUUCAAAUGCUGCUGUUGCUGUUUCUGGUGCCUAGAAAGAGGCCUAAAAUGCUUAAACCAGAAUGCAUACACAGCAACAGCCAUAAAUGGGACAUACUUUUGGACCUCAGCAGAAGAUGCUGCUGUUAUUUUAUCAAAGAGUUCAGCUAACACCACAGCAAUCAGCUGCUUCAGCGACUUUGUUAUAUUUCUAGGAAAGGUGUUUGUGAUAUGUUUCACAGUUUUUGGAGGUUUGAUGGCAUUUAACUACAACCGUGAAUUACACGUUUGGGUAGUUCCACUGCUGCUGAUUGCUUUUUUGGCUUAUCUCAUUGCCCACAACUUCUUAUCAGUAUUUCAGACAAUAGUGGAAGCCCUAUUGCUUUGCUUUGCUGUUGACAGAGAAACAAAUGAUGGAUCUGCAGAGAAGCCUUACUUCAUGGACCAAGAAUUAAUGAACUUUUUGGAUCACAGCAGCAAGUUUGCAGAGAACACACACAGAAAUAAAAAUAUCCUUCAUAACAAGGAAUAUGGCACAGAACUUCAGCCUAUGGCCAGAACUUGAGAUGGCUCUAAAAGUACACAGCAAAAACAG